GAUCGCGUAACGCUGAACGUUACACGAAACUUUGACCGAUCGACCGGCUGGUCUUUGAAUUUCGCAGCGUGCAGAAAGCGUGCAAUAAAAAUUUUUCAGCUGAAAUUCCCUCCUUCGUGGAAGAAUUUAAUGGUGAAAAUUGGCGUUUGAAAUUGCGGUAAAAGAAAUUAAACACAGUGACAUUUUGUCGAGGAAGAUUAAAAGUAAAUAGGUAAAGGGAAAACAAGUAUUCGCUCGUAUCGGGAACUUUAUAGCGCUUUGCCUGCAGCUUCGAACCGGUUUUGAGGGCACGAAUAUUUUCACUCUCAAUAUGCCGACUUGCACCUGCAUACACAACGCUCCGUUAGAAGCGGAAAGUGAAGGUGACCGUGUGAUUCAUUAUCAAAACUGUGAAUUAAAACUACCAAAUGAAUCGUGCGAGAACGGAUCGAGCAAUGGAUUUCACGCAGACGGUGAAAUGUUGGAGAAAAUCAGGUAUCCAGAUGGUUCGGUCAGGCUUAGGAAUCCGAACAUCGAGCUUAUGGACCAAGACAUUUUGUACCAUCUCGCUCUCGGGAGUGGUUCCCACGACCUAGUCGAAAUGUUCGGCGACGUCAAGUUCGUCUGCAUGGGUGGAACGCCGAAGCGAGUGGAACAGUUCGCAAACUACAUAAUGCAAGAAAUUGGUCACAAACUACCGUGCGGCACAACGCUCUUUGACAUCAGUCAAUUUUCCUAUCGUUAUUCAAUGUACAAAGUUGGCCCUGUUCUGUCAGUAAGCCACGGCAUGGGCAUUCCUUCGGUCGGGAUACUGCUCCACGAAAUUAUAAAGCUCAUGUAUCACGCCAAAGUCAAGGACCCGAUCUUCUUCAGGAUUGGAACCUGCGGAGGAAUCGGCCUCGAAGGUGGUACCGUCGUCAUAUCCGAAGAGGCUGUCGACGGUCUUCUCAGGCCGUUUUUAGAACUCCCAGUGCUGGGUAAAAUGGUUCACAGACCGUCAAAACUAGACAAGCAUUUAGCGCGUGAAUUAAAGGCGAUGUCACGACCCGAUCAAGAGCCGUACGACACGGUGAUCGGCAAGACGAUGUGUACCUACGAUUUUUACGAAGGUCAGGGACGUCUUGACGGCGCGUUCUGUGAUUUUUCGGAAAACGAGAAGAUGGAGUAUCUGAACAAAGUCCACAAGGCUGGUGUUGUCAAUAUCGAAAUGGAGAGUCUGUCUUUCGCAUCUCUUACCCACCACGCCGGCAUUAAAUCAGCCGUCGUCUGCGUGACUCUGCUCGAUCGGCUCAAAGGCGAUCAGGUAAUGGCGCCGAAGGAGGUGUUAGAGGAAUGGCAAAUACGUCCGCAGAAAUUGGUAUCAAGAUACAUAAAGCGAUAUCUGCAGCGCAAUGGUCGUCUGUCGGUCGAAGGGCAUGGAUCGAUGUGCGUAAAGAGCCCCCGUCGUUUUAAACUAGUACAACAAGAGUCCGAGACCUACGAUUAAGCAACAAUCGGUGCUUCCCUUCAGCUAAAUUAAUUAUCAUUUGUAAUCACCGACAGUUCACUGUUUCGUAAAACAAUCACCGAACACCGAAGACGCGUGUCUAAUAGCGCAACCCAACGAGGAUCUUGAUGUCACUGAUACGAAGCAAUAAUUCAAUUGGAGAACGUCUUUACCCUCGUCGUAUUUAACACUUCGAUUAUUUCUUGCGCCAUAAUCAGCGACGAAAAAACAUCCCCGUUAUUAUUUAUUUCAAGCUCUACAACAGCUUCUUAAUUCUUUUCAACGAUCCAAUUUUUAUUUAUUUAUAUUUUAUUGCUAAAUAUUAAUAUCCAUAAGUUUUAUAUUAUUCAUUGACGCCACUAAUUUUUACAAUGAUAUAACAAAGGACUGUAAAAUUUACGAUCUCUUGUGUUUCUAUAGGCAUAUUAUUAUUAUUGCGCAUAGUCGCACAGUUUUUCCGUCGAAGUGACGAACGAAGAGUAGUAUUUUAGUUGGUAAGAUAGAAAAAAAAUUCCAUCUCUAUUUAUUUAUAAAAUAACCUAAUAUCGUAAGCGAAAGUUCAAGUGAUGAUAUAUUAUUUUCGAUCUUCGACCAGGUUGAAAGAAAACCUUGACUGUUACUAUUAUUAUUGUUGUUGUUGUUAUUAUUAUUAUUAUUAUUAUUAUUAUUAUUAUUACUAUUCGUAUUUGGGAAAUUAAAUAAAGUAUAUUGUUUCGCAAAAAAGUGAAACGGAAAUAAU